GACACAAUGCACGAUCUUCGAUUCGGAAAGGAAGUGAGCCUCUGAAGUCACCGGAAGUACAUUGUGCCGUUAUUCGUUGGUCCUUCCCACUUCGUAUUUGCAGAAUAAGAAGCAGCAAACGAUUUCAUUGACUAUGAGUGCUGUGGUACCAAACCAUCGGAGAACCAAGCCUGGAGGCAUAAAGCCCGGAGCAGCAGCCGGUGGUGCAGCAGGUCCGACGUCUCAGAUCCCUGGUCUGUCCCAGAGCGCUGACGAGAGUGCCCCAGUGGAGAGGAUCAGUGGACGCCGGGUUGGGAUCUUUGAGUCUGACUCAGACUACGUUAAGCUUGCAAAGCAAGGCGGCCACAAAGGGCUGUUGAGCCAUGAUGCCGAUGAUGACGAUCAGCCGAAGGCACCCUACGUUCCCAACAACUGGUUUACAGGUGAUCACUCAAACAGCGGAAGCAAAGCAACAUCUCCCAACGGCCAGGCGAAGGGCGGCAGGCAGCCUUUGCUUGCACCGUUUGGCACUGAUAACAGUUCCUCCUGGGAAAGAGAGGCCGAUAGCUUUACUCAUGAUAAAGAUAAGAUGUCUCCUGAGCUCACAGCCGUGGAGUUGGAGCGGCUGUCUGUGAGCAACAAAUACAAGAGAAUGUCUCAUGAUAAGCGGACCCCCCCGGUCAGCAUGUCCAAGCUGUUGAGUCACGGCUACGUGGAGGACAAAAAGAAGUCUCCCAAUGACGACGACACCUCAAGCGUGACCUCGGAGCAAACGAGCACCGUGGCGACCGAGGACGUGGACGACAUAGAGUAGCGCGCGCCUCGACAUUCCCACAUUCACUCACUCCUCUUGUACGUCCACUGACUGUUUGUACUCACGUUUAUGCAGAGGUACGAGCCCUUCCAUUCCAUCCGUUUGCGUCAGUCUAGGAGGUGGGGGGGGACAAAAAAAAGAGGCAUUUUAUCAAGUAGAUGUGACGCUGUUGUUUUUUUUUUUUUUUUUCCUUUUUGUAAUGCAAUUCCUCAAUUUGACAGGCAACUUGCGAGUUAACUGUUUGGUUCUGUUCAUGUUUGCACACUAGCUCAUCAUUUUCAUGACCUACGUGUGUGAAGAUGGAGCAGGUCAACCGUAGACGUGUUUGUACUAAUGACCUUUAGUUGAAGUGACGUGAAAUAUGAUUUCUGUGUGUGCGUUGGAGCGGCAAACCUGCCGCUCUUAGAAAGUGACGUUUAGCUUGUCGUUCUGCAAAGCAGUUCUGUUCUAGCAGUGUUGCCCACACAUUCAUGUAUUUGUGGUGGCCCGCCACAAGUACAUCUGGACUACCACAAAUACAUUUGACCACAAAUAGGUUUGGCACUACCUAUUCGCCUGUAGUUUUUUUUUUCCCAAAAAUGCGACAAAUCUACUGAGGAGAUUGUUGGCGAUUCUGACAUGAAAGCAUGUGUCACUCUUCUCAACAAGCGAGUGCUCCUGUGGGCCCCUUUCCCUGCUAAAAGCAGACAUAAAAAAAAGCUACCCAAUAAAGUUCAUUUGUGUUUUGCUUUUCAUUUUUGUUUUUCCCCCCAUUCCCUUUUUGCAAAUGCAUCAUGGCCAAUUUUAAUUGCAAAUUCGACGAUGGCCACAACCUACGACCGCCACAAAUAGAUCACAGUCCUGUGGGAAACACACUUUGCGCUCAUGUAUCGUUCAUGUUGCUGUUAGGAAGCACAAUGUGCCAAGUGUUCAUACUGUCAAUUGCAAUCCUGUUGCGUUCUCUAGUCUGCCACGGCAGCGUGUCAUGAGGAAAUGCUGUGCAGGACGACAAGCUUUAAGCGUACAUGCACUGGGAGCGUUAACGACGCUUUUCAAUGUGCAAGUGUCUUCUGAACACGCUCACCAUGCAGCAGUGCGGGCGUCAUGACAAGCCUUCUGUCCCGUUUCUGACGAGAGAGGUGCACCAGUGAAAAUCUGAAAAGAGAAGUGGAACAUCCCAAAUGUUACUUUUGCACCAACAGUGACGAGAAAGUCCAUUUCCCACUGGGAAACAUUUUGAAGACAGAAAUGCUGCAGGUAUCUCACUGCAGUGAGGAGAUGUUCAACACAACACAACACAAGCCUUGUGUGUUCGACGUGACGCCAGUGCGGCAAAAAUGGGGGAGUUAUUUACUUCUGAUAUUGUCUGCUUGGAAACACAGGUUGGUUUUUCUCCAACUCUUGGUGCUUAUUGUACCAAAGUGCGGCGAGUUAGUGCAUUACUGGAGUUUUGUUUACAUACUAAGGUGGGGAGAGGAGGUCGCUUAAGUAACACAAAUGUUCAGUGUAAUAUACCCUACACAUACGUUUUAUUUUAAUAAAUGGGCAUGUGCAUGUA